GGGGACUUUUUUUUGAGGAGGAGCAUGGUUUGGGGGCCCCUAGAGGAGGCAGGUUUCCAAGGGAGAGACUUCAGAAGCUUGAACACUCGGCUGACCGAAUUUACCGGAAUCAUGGACACGGACCUCUUUAUGGAGUGUGAGGAGGAGGAGCUGGAGCCAUGGCAGAAGAUGAGCGAUGUGAUCGAAGACUCGGUCGUGGAGGACUACAGCUACCUGGACAAAACGGCGACAGCAACAGUCUCGGUCAGCCUCCAACCCGUCUCUGCUCCGCUUCCGAUCGUUGCUCAGCAGUCUCUCAGCAGCCAGUACUCCACUGCCACCACUGUGACCAACAGCAUCACACAGAGCAGUGACCAGACGAAGAAGACUUUGGUGACUCUCUUUGCAAAUAACAGUGGUCCAACACCCAUCGUACAGCCUGGUGGCCAGCCACUCAUACUCACCCAGAAUGCGGCAUCUGGUCUGGGCACCAUGGUCACCCAGCCUGUCCUUCGCCCCAUGCAGGUUAUGCAGAAUGCCAACCAUGCCAACAACUCAUCUGUGGCAACACAACCUAUCUUUAUAACCACCCAGGGGUUCCCGGUUCGGAAUGUACGGCCCGUACAGAAUAGCAUAAAUGCCAUGAACCAGGUGGGGAUCGUACUGAACGUCCAGCAGGGCCAGACAGUCAGACCCAUCACGAUCGUGCCAGCUCCAGGCACCCAAUUUGUGAAGCCUGCCGUGGGAGUUCCUCAAAUGUUUUCCCAGGUGGCCCAGGUCAGGCCCGCUCCAGCUGUCCCAGUAAGACCAGCCACCAACACCUUCACUACAGUCAUCCCAGCAACCCUGACCAUCAGGAGUACAGUCCCUCAGUCUCAGGCUCAGGGCAACAAGUCCACCCCUAGCACAUCAACCACAUCGGCUCCAAGCCAGCCCCCGGUGGCUCUCCGGCAGAUAGCUGUGCAGCCACAACCAGUACCCGUGAGCCAAAACAACCAAAACACUAACCCCAAAGUAGUGAGCAUUGCCAGCUUUGUAGCCGUAAAGAGACCCGGUGAUACAAAUGACGUGGUGAAGUUUGUGAAUGCGGUGAGCGGCAGCCCGACCGUGGUCCACAACACGAGCCAGAUGGUUUUCUCCAGCAGCAUCAACAACAGCCCCAACAGCAGCGGUUUGCAGAAGGCCCCUACGACCGAGCCCCAGGGUCUGAAAGCAACUCCUACGUCCGCGUCGCAGUUUGAUUCCUCAGACGGUGGAAGGAAGUUCUGCCCUAGGUGCCACGCUCAGUUCCGCGUAACAGAAGCCCUUCGAGGGCAUAUGUGUUAUUGCUGCCCUGACCUUGUGGACUUCUCGAAGAAAAACAAAGCUUUAGAGAGCGAACCAACACCUCAGAUCGCAAAUGCAUCCACGCCAGAUAAAACGGUGUCGGCGGCUCCUCCGGCUUCUGUAACACCGGGAGCCCUGGUGCCACCGGCUAGCAAAGCUCAGGAACUGGGCUCCGAGGAGGUCACGCAGGGCAAGCUCAUUAUGCUGGUGGAUGACUUCUACUAUGGCAGGGAUAUUGGACGCACCUAUCAGAUGCAGGGAUUACCCAAGGUGGCCACCACCUUCCGCUGUCCGCACUGUGCCAAGCGGCUGAAGAAUAACAUCAGGUUCAUGAAUCACAUGAAGCACCACGUGGAGUUGGAUCAGCAGAAUGGGGAGGUGGACGGGCACACCACGUGCCAGCACUGUUACCGUCAGUUCUCCACACCUUUCCAGCUACAGUGUCACCUGGAGAACGUGCACAGUCCGUACGAGUCCACCACAAAGUGCAAGAUCUGCGAGUGGGCCUUUGACAGCGAACCUCUCUUCUUGCAACACAUGAAGGACACGCAUAAGCCCGGCGAGAUGCCAUACGUGUGCCAGGUGUGCAGCUACCGCUCCUCCAUCUACGCAGAAGUGGACGCGCAUUUCCGGUUAAACCACGAAGACACGCGCCACUUGAUGUGCGUUUACUGCCUGAAGGUGUUUAAGAACGGAAAUGCCUUUCAGCAACAUUUCAUGCGACACCAGAAGAAGAGCGUAUAUCACUGCAACAAAUGCCGCCUCCAGUUCCUCUUCGCCAAGGACAAGAUCGAGCAUAAACUGCAACAUCACAAAACCUUCCGCAAGCCCAGGCAGCUGGAGGGUUUAAAACCCGGCACCAAGGUGACCAUCCGCGCUUCACGAGCGCCGCCACGGACCCUUCCCGUGUCGUCGCCGGACGCACCUUCGUUACCGUUGACAGACAUUGACACCGAGACUCCGUCUGUGGACACGGUGCCGCAGAGCAACAUCCAGAGAGGGUCGGUGAAGAGGAUAUUUGAGACGCUCUCCAGCUUCCAGGCUGCCAGGGCACCUCCGGGGAAACGGUCGUGUCUGGAGUGUAACUUUGACAUUCCUGACUUGAAGAACCAUUACCCGACAUACGUGCACUGCUCUCUGUGCCGCUACAGCACCUGCUGCUCUCGGGCGUACGCCAACCACAUGAUCAAUAAUCACGUCCCGAGGAAGACACCCAAGUACCAGUCCCUGUUCCAAGGAUCUUACCCAAGCGACGUGAUGGCUCUGGCGUGCACAUCUUGCCUCUUUGUAACACGGAUUGGAGACGCCAUGGCCAAGCACCUGGUCUUCAACCCGUCGCACUCCUCCAGCUCUGUCAUGUUCCCAAACUCCUCGUCUCCCUGCUUUUUAAGGAUUACUGGUCCUAGAAUAGAAAGCGUGGCGCACGUGACGUUACCCGACAGAGACAGCAGGGAGUCCGAGUUGGAAGACGCGUCGCUGGUUUCAGCAUCUCCCAGUCCGGUUAGCGAGGAGAAGACCAUCAAUGUUGAUGAUCUUGAGGACGUGGAGGAGGAACCUGAGCUGCAAGGCUUCGAUGUCCAGAACAAGCAGGAGCAGCUGAGCGUGAAGAAGCUGCGCGUGGUCUUAUUUGCUCUGUGCAGCAGCAUCCGGCAGGCUUCGGAGCAUUUCCACAACUCCCCGCGGCGCAUCCGGCACUGGCUGCAGCAGUUCCAGACCUUCCAAGGGGAGAACCAGGAAGGCCUGUCGGAGGGCAAGUAUCUGGGCACGGAGGCAGAGGAGAAGCUGGCAGAGUGGGUUCUCACCCAAAGAGAGCAGCAACAGCCCGUGAACGAAGAGACCCUCUUCCAAAAAGCCACCAAGAUUGGACGAUCCUUAGAGGGAGGUUUUAAGAUCUCGUACGAAUGGGCGGUAAGGUUCAUGCUUCGACACAAUCUGAGCACGCACUCCAAGGUGGCCGUGGCUAAUCCUCUGCCCCAGGAAAUGGACGCCAACUCUCAAACCUUUGUAGAGUUUGUGCAGAGGCAGAUCCAUACCCAGGACCUUCCGCUGUCUAUGAUUGCUGCGGUGGACGAAAUCUCGCUUUUCCUGGACUUGGAGCUACUGGGCAGCGAUGAGAGGAAGGAAAACGCUCUGCAGACGGUGGGGACGGGGGAAGCGUGGCUCGACGUGGUCGUCACCAUCCUAGCUGACGGCAGCGUCCUCCCCACACUGGUGUUCUCACGAGGCCGCUCCUCGGCGCUCAGCGAGAUUCCGGAGUCCAUCAUACUGGAGAACAGAGAGGACGGUUAUACAGACGACGAGAUCAUGGAGCUGUGGUCUUCCCAGGUGUGGCAGAAGCACACCGAGUGUCAGAACAACAAAGGCAUGGUCGUGCUGGACUGCCACCGAUCCCACCUGUCCGAAGAGGUCCUGUCUGUCCUCAGUUCCACUUGCACUUUGCCAGCUGUCGUACCCUCGGGUUGCAGCUCAAAAAUCCAACCGCUCGACGUCUGCAUCAAAAGGGCUAUCAAGAACUUUUUGCACAAGAAAUGGCGCGAGCGAGCCAAGGAGAUGGCGGAGGCCAGCUGCGACUCCGACGUCCUGCUCCAGCUCGUCCUGUGUUGGCUAGGCGAAGUCCUGGAGGUGAUCGGCGAGCACCCGGAGCUGGUCCAGCAGUCCUUCCUGGUGGCCAGCGUCCUCCCCGGUCCCGACGGAACGGCAAACACGGCCAAGCGCAACGCCGACAUGCAGGAGGAGCUCAUCAACCUGCUGGAGGCGCAGCUGAAGCUGGAAGACGGGGAACGGGACGAGGACGGCGAGCGGUGCAGCGAGAGCCAGCCGGAGUACGCGGACCCGGACGCCCUGCAGCAGCUGUUUGAGGGGGAAAGCGACACCGAAUCCUUCUACGGCUUCGAAGAAACCGAUCUAGAACCCCUGUGAGCAGAGACUGCUUCGGCCCCAGAGUGUGUUUCGCUAUUGAAUUAAAGCAUUCCGUGUACCGCG